AUGACAGAAACAUUCAUCCCUGAUCCGCAAAGUCUGGCUCAAUAUUCGGAUUCAAUAUCAACGAGUGAUGCUACAGAAACAUAUGCCAAAAAUAUAGGCAAGAACGAUGACGACGACGGUUCUUCAGAGGUAGCCGUUGAAGCAUUAAAUCAUUAUGAUAAUUUUGUUGUAGAUCAUAGCAAAGAAAAAUCCGACGAGAAUAAUAAUAAGGACGCUUUCGAAGUAAAAGACGUUGACAUUAGAAACUACUUACAAUACAGAGCAGCAACGGUUAUGGGAGUUCCAUUAAGAGACUUGGAUGAUCACUCGAUGCCUCUGGUGAAAGUUGUGACGAAUGAAUCAAUGUGUUCCGCAUUUACGAAGAAGAUCAAAGACAUCCUUCCAACUGGUGUUGAUAUUUCGACCUCUUUUAUCAAUGAUCACUCAAAUAUUAAUUCCAUCACCAAAUUCGUGAUGGAUGUUGCAAAUGGGAACAGACAGCCAAAAAUCAAUGAUCACGAGAUGCAAAAGCAACAAAAUCAGUUAGCCAUAGAAGACAUUGUUGACCGAAGCACCCUUUACAUUAGAGAAGGUUAUACCCAGUCAGCACCCACAAGUCAACGAUUAAUCAACAGUAGUUGUAGGAAAGUCUUUUUGUUAACCGGAACCACAGGUUUCCUGGGUGCACAUAUUUUACAUACUCUCCUUAGUAAAACCUCGUCGCAAAUAUACUGCUUACUCCGCAAGAAAAAGAACAGAACACCGAGAUCAUCUCUCAAGCGUGUUUUCUUGCGUAAUGGUUUUGACACUUCUUUGGUGGAUUCAGACAGGUUGAUCGCCUUUAGCGCGAAUCUUUCGGAACCUUUCCUGGGAUUAAAUGAAAAUGAGUAUGAGAUGUUGUUAGAGAAGGUUACCACCAUAAUACAUGGUGCUUCGUCCGCAAAACUUGGUUCACCUUUGUCAGUAUAUGAAAAUUCCUUGGUGCGCGGAACAGCAAAUUUACUACUUUUUGGUGCUCGAAAGGAAUUUCAUUUUGUGUCUAGCAUCGAUGCUUGCGUUAAUGGACCUUGGGAACGUGUUCCUGAAGGGAUAUUACCCCUCAAGGCUUCGAUCACAAACAUGGAUGGAUUCGGACUGUCAAAAUUGGCCAUUGAGACGAUUAUUGCAAACACACUUGAUCACCUGCAGUUGGAGCGUGCAAGCAUUAUAAGGACGGGACAAAUUACAUCGCAUACGGAAACCGGAGUAUGGAAUCCUAACGAGUGGAUUCCGUUGCUUCUUGGAAAUGUCGGACUAACAGGAAGAAUGCCAAUACUUGAAGCCAAUUUAGAUUGGGUUCCUGUAGAUAUAGCAGCAAAAGCUAUCGUGGAGUUGGUAACAUCCGACGCGUUGUUUCGUGUUGAGGUAUUUCACAUCUCGAAUCCAAAUCCGACAAUAACUUGGGAGCAAUAUUUGGAUAAACUCGAAGAAUGUGGAAUGAAGUUCACGAGAGAGGAAUUACCAAGAUGGUUGGAAAAUUUGUGCAAAGAUGCAGAGAAUAAUUCCUGUGAUAAAAACUUAUGCUCAUUACUAACAGAGCAUUUUAAUAGUAUGGUCAUGCAUGAUCCUGAGAAUGGACAAAAAUCCAAGGCCAUAUUAGAUUUGUCAAACACAAGGUCACGUACAUCGAUGCUAUCGAAGUGCCCUUCGUUGUUGACCGAGGACCUGAUUAAAAGAAACGUCGAUUGGUUAAAGGACACGGGAUAUUUAUCAGAGACAAUACCAGACCAACAAAUAUCUUUAAAUCUAAAAUCCAACCGAUUACGAAAACGUUUGAAGAAUGGAGAACAGGGAAUAUGGGGUUGGAUUUCUGUAACCGUACCCUUGAUGGUGUUUUUCUUCAUAAUCGAUAUUCUGUGGAGUGUGUUGUCACAGAAUCUUUUGCAAGUGACAUUUAUUGCAGGGUUUUUUGUUGCUGCAGUUUACAGUGAUGAUACAGCGCGGAACCGAAAUCAGAGGAUUGAUAAAAAGAAAGUUAUGGUGAAGAGGAGAAUUAGAAGGGAUUUUGGUGAGGAGGAGAAUUAG